AUGUUCUCCAAAAACAUUACAAAGACAGUUAAUCACUUCAAUCUUGUUAGAUCUUACGCCACAAAGCUCAACAGUGGAGAGAUUAGAGUCAAGUUUGAUAAGAAGCAUGAGACUUACUUGUGUGAUGGCCCAGCAAACGAGUGCGUCACCAACAAGGAGGAGUUGAUGACCUACUUCACUGAUAUGACUAGAAUGCGUAGAAUCGAAUUCGCCGCAGACUCUCUCUACAAGAAGAAGUUGAUCAGAGGUUUCUGUCAUCUCUACAAUGGACAGGAAGCCGUCUGCACUGGAAUGGAGGCAGCUAUUACAAAGGAGGACCAUGUCAUUACAGCAUACAGAGAUCAUACAUUCAUGUUGGCUCGUGGCGCAUCUGCAGAGUCAGUGCUGGCCGAGCUGUUGAUGAAGGCCACUGGAUGCUCCAAGGGCAAGGGUGGCAGCAUGCAUAUGUUCACUCGCAACUUCUACGGAGGCAACGGUAUCGUCGGUGCCCAGUGCCCCGUCGGCGCCGGCAUUGCCUUUGCCCAGAAAUACAACAACACUGGCAACAUCUGUCUCACUUACUACGGAGACGGUGCCGCCAACCAGGGCCAGCUGUUCGAGGCCUUCAACAUGGCCAAGUUGUGGGACCUGCCAUGCGUCUUCAUUUGCGAGAACAACAAGUUUGGCAUGGGUACCUCGCAGGCUCGUGCCGCCGCCGGCACCGACUUCUUCACCCGCGCUCACUACAUCCCAGGCAUGCGUGUCGACGGCAUGAACGUGCUGGCCGUCAAGACCGCCGGCAAGUGGGUCGCCGACUGGUGUCGCGCUGGCAAGGGUCCCUUCGUCAUGGAGAUGGAUACCUACCGUUACGUCGGCCACUCCAUGUCCGACCCAGGAACCUCAUACCGCACACGUGAGGAGGUGAACGAGGUGCGUAACAUCCGUGACCCAAUCGAGUACGUGCGUGGAUUGCUGCUCGAGCACAAGUUUGCGACCGAGGACGAGCUGGCCACCAUCGAGGAGAAGGCCCGCGCUGAGAUGGAUGCCGCUUCAGAGUUUGCCAUCAACUCACCAUUCCCAGAGAUGAAGGAGCUCUGGACCAACGUCUACAAGGAGGUCACUCCAAUCAGAGCCGUCGAGAUGGUCAACAACUUUAAGGGAUUGUAA